GCCGCCCUGCCGGCUCUCUGGUGUCUGGCCGGCUCUCAUUCGGUGAUGCGGCGGGCGAUGAGUUAAAAUAGCCGAGCGUUCCGAACAGCCACGGCUCAUUCUUCAUUUAUAAAUAUCACGGCCUCUGUUGUUUACACACAUUUUAAAUACACAGGAUACAAUGUCAGUGGUGGGCUUUGAUCUCGGCUUCCAAAGCUGCUACGUGGCGGUAGCCCGCUCCGGAGGGAUAGAAACGGUCGCCAACGAAUACAGCGACAGAUGCACGCCAGCAUGUGUGUCCUUUGGACCACGGAAUCGUUCAUUUGGAGCAGCAGCGAAAAGCCAGGUUGUCACCAAUCACAGGAACACGGUGCAGGGCUUCAAGCGCCUUCACGGUCGGCCAUUCUCAGACCCCUUUGUCCAGGGCCUGAAAUCCAGCCUCGUCUACGAUCUCACCCAAACCCCAAUCGGCACAACUGGCAUCAAAGUGAUGUACUUGCAGGAGGAGAAGGUCUUUAGCAUCGAGCAGGUCACUGCCAUGUUGCUGACCAAGCUGAAGGACACUGCUGAAAACGCCCUGAAGAAGUCAGUGGUGGACUGCGUCAUUUCUGUGCCCUGCUUCUUCACGGAUGCUGAGAGGCGAUCGGUCAUGGACGCGGCACAGAUUGUCGGGCUGAACUGUCUGCGCCUCAUGAAUGACACCACCGCAGUGGCCCUGGCGUACGGCAUUUACAAGCAGGACCUGCCCACUCCCGAAGAAAAAGCCCGGACGGUGGUGUUUGUGGAUCUUGGUCACUCUGGAUACCAGAUCUCAGCCUGUGCUUUCAACAAGGGCAAACUCAAGGUUCUUGGAACAGCGUUUGACCCCGAGUUUGGUGGGAAAGACUUCGAUGAGGUGUUGGUCAGACACUUCUGUGAGGAGUUCGGCCAGAGAUACAAGGUGGACGUGAGGUCCAAGCCGAGGGCUCUGGUGCGACUCUACCAGGAGUGUGAGAAGCUGAAGAAGCUAAUGAGCGCCAACUCUUCAGAUCUGCCAUUAAACAUCGAAUGUUUCAUCAACGACAUCGAUGUCACUGGGAAGCUCAACAGAGGACGGUUCGAGGAGAUGUGUGCAUCACUUCUGGGCAGAGUAGAAGGUCCUCUCCAAGCCGUCAUGGAACAAGCCAAACUGCGGAAGGAGGACAUCUACGCCGUGGAGAUCGUUGGCGGUGCAUCCCGAAUCCCAGCAGUCAAGGAGCGAAUCAGCAGAUUUUUUGGAAAAGAGCUGAGCACCACACUAAAUGCGGAUGAGGCCGUCGCAAGAGGAUGUGCCCUGCAGUGCGCCAUACUUUCCCCCGUCUUCAAAGUCCGGGAGUUCUUCAUCACGGAUGUGGCCCCCUACCCCAUUUCUGUAAAGUGGACUCCAGCAACAGAUGAAGGUUUAAGUGAGUGUGAAGUGUUCACAAAGAACCACGCGACGCCUUUCUCCAAAGUGCUGACUUUCUACCGUAAGGAGCCGUUUGCCCUGGGGGCCUUCUACAGCUGCCCUAAGGAGCUGCCUUAUCCAGACCCUACUAUAGGUCAGUUUAGGAUCCUGAAGGUGGUGGCUCAGGCCUCGGGGGAGAGCUCAAAGGUGAAGGUGAAGGUGCGAGUCAACAUCCAUGGGAUUUUCAGCAUGUGCAGCGCCUCGUUGGUAGAGCUGAGUAGGUCGGAGGAGGACGAGGAGCCCAUGGAGACGGAGCCAGCCACGAAGGAGGAAGAGAACAAAAUGCAGGUCGACCAAGAUGAGGUGAAUCCCCACAGCGAUGUCCAGAAGGGGAAGUGUGAGGCGGAGGAGAUGGAGAUCUCGCCGGAAGGUGAAAAGGGGGAAAAGAUGAACGAUCAUCCCCCUGAGGCCAAGAAAGCCAAAGUGAAAACGAAAAUGACAGACCUUCCCAUGGAAAGCAGUCUGCAGUGGCAGCUUCCCAGCGACACGCUCAACCUGUACAUCGAGAACGAGGGCAAGAUGAUCAUGCAGGACAAGCUGGAGAAGGAAAGGAACGAUGCCAAGAACACCCUGGAGGAGUACGUGUAUGAGAUGAGGGACAAGCUCUACGGCACGCUGGAGAAGUUCGUCAGUGAAGCAGACAGAGACAGUUUCUCACUGAAACUGGAAGACACUGAAAGCUGGCUCUAUGAAGAUGGAGAGGACCAGCUGAAACAAGUUUACAUUGAUAAACUGGCCGAACUGCAGAAACUAGGUCAGCCCAUCUUGGAGAGAUGCUGCGAGGCUGAAGAGAGACCAAAGGCGUUUGAGGAACUGGGUAGACACAUCCAGCAGUACCUGAAGGCCAUCGAGGCGUACAAGAUGAAGGAGACACAGUAUGAUCACCUGGACGAGACAGAGGUCCAGAAGGUGGACAAGGUGGUCACUGAAGCCAUGAUGUGGAUGAACAGCAAAAUGAAUGAGCAGCGCAAACAGGAGCUCUCAAAAGAGCUGACAGUCAGAGCUCAGGAGAUUAGGGCAAAAACGAAGGAGCUCUGCUCGGUCUGCAAUCCUGUCAUCAACAAGCCCAAGCCAAAGGCGGAGCCCCCCAAGGACGAGAAGGCUGAACAGAAUGGGCCAGUGCGUGGGGAGGAGUCCCCCAGUCCCGCGAAGGGAUCGGCUGAGGCUGAUUCCCACUCCGCUCCCCAAUCAACAGAGAAUAAGAUGCCUGAAAUGGAGGUCGACUAGCUGGCCGGGGCGCCACUGUGCCUCUCUAGCUGAGAUGUUUCAGAAGUGGCCUCCUCCUCUGUCCGCAGCAGUGUCAGUCUAGCCUGCCCCCUCUCGAGGAAACAGCUUGGUCUGGCAGUGCUGGGGCGACGGCACUGCGUCUCCUGUGCAGUAAUGCAAGCGACAUCUUCAGCUGCUGUUAGGUCAUGUUAGCAAGCUUUUCUGUAAGAAAUAAAACCUUUUUUUUUUUUGUAUGUAAGUUGUGAGGUUCAGUAAUGUUUGCCGUAAUACUGACUUGACGUUUUGCUUGGUUUGUAAGCUGCCAUUUCAGUACCUCUCCUUCUGCCCUUAGAAGUGUGUGUGUACCACACAGGACAUCCCUGGUUUUCCCCUGGAUUCUUUUUAGUAAAAGUAUUCUAGAUAGACUUUUCUGUUAAAACUGUUCGAAAAGACACAGGUUGUGAAAUGUCUUUAGAGGUAUGAAGAGCAUGAGAAUGUUACCAAAAUGGCGGUUUGGUUACUGCAAGGCAGUAUUUGGUUACUGAGAGUUUUUCAUCUAUAGAAUAUAGAGCAUAAGAUACUUGUUUGUCUUUGGUUAAUGACUGCUGUGAAAAGCAGUUACGUCUCUGUUCGUCCAAAAGCAAAGAUGCACUGCUUUGCUGAGCUGUAAGCUGUCAGGGUGUCACCGGGAAGACCAGAGUAUACUUCCUGUCCCCUGGAUCCUGCAUAAAUUCUGUUUGAAACAUGGGACCCUAAGCCUGCUCCUUUGUGUUCAUCAUACUGCAUAGCUUGGUAUUGAUGCUCUAUUUAUGAUGUUCCACCAAACUGAAAUAAAUACUGUUCAGAUGCUAA